AUGACAAGUCCAACAUCAUCGCCGCGACGGCGGCGCAUCCUCUCGUCAAUAAACCCCGAGGAGAGUCACGAAGCCACAACAGAACAUACGAAGAAUAGUACGGCCGACGAGGCACAGUCGCGGGAACAAGCUGCGGACGAGGAUGAAAACCUGCGUCCUAGGUCGUCACGCAUACGCUUAAAGUCGAAACAUUCAAGCUCCAGAUCGCACCGUCAUAGAGAACGCGAGGAUGGCGACUCGCGCUCGCAUCGGCGUCACCAUCACCACCGUAGACAUCGCAGACGAUCCCGAUCUCCAACGCCACCGAACCCCUACGAGCCCGAUGCACUCGACCCGGAUGCCGCUUUUCGAGAAUCACUAUUUGAUGCGAUGGCAGAUGAUGAGGGUGCGGCGUACUGGGAAGGUGUAUACGGACAACCAAUACAUGUCUACUCUAACGAGAGGCCUGGACCACAAGGCGAGCUAGAGCGCAUGACAGACGAAGAAUAUGCCACGCAUGUGAGGCAGAAGAUGUGGGAAAAGACGCAUCAAGGUUUAUUGGACGAAAGAGCACGCCGAGAAGAGGCGCGCAAACGGAAAUCUGAAGAAGAGAAACGGAAUAAGAGGCUCCAGGAGGAUAUGGAGCGCAGCCUUCGCCGUGGGGAAGAGCGUCGCAAAAAGAAGAUGUGGGCAUCUCUCUGGGAGGACUACGUUCAAGGCUGGUCAGGCUGGACUGGCGAUGUUGAGGGCAUUCCAUGGCCGGUGGAGAGCGGGCGACGCAGAGACAUCAGCGAAAAAGAAGUCCGACGGUUCAUCGUCAACGGUCUGGCGGUGGAGGAAAUAGGCGAAAAGGAAUUUGCGACGAAACUGCGUGAGGAGCGAGUGCGGUGGCACCCGGACAAAAUGCAGCAAAAACUUGGUGGGCAAGUGGACGAUGCUAUCAUGAAAGACAUCACAGCAAUCUUCCAGAUUAUCGACAAAUUAUGGGCAGAUACCCGGUCAAAGGCAUAG